CCAAGGGAGGCGCUUUGCACGAAGGCCUCCCCUCCGGCAGCGCCGGCCCUCGGCCCUGGGCAAGCGAAUGGCUCCUCUUGGCCCCCCAAGGGUUUGGUUCGCUUGACGCGUCCUCGGGACAGAAACCUACAGAAGUUACAUGGCUCAUAUCUGACAUCAUGCACCACCGGUGGCUGCUGUUAGCUGCAUGCUUUUGGGUAAUAUUCAUGUUCAUGGUUGCUAGCAAGUUCAUCACAUUGACCUUCAAAGAUCCUGAGGUACAUGGUGCCAAGCAAGAGCCAUUAAUACUGACAGCUAUAACUGAAGUGGGAAAAGGUCACAUAACAAAAGAGAAGAGGCUGCCUGGACAGUUUCAGACAAUAGGAAAAGGUCUAUCUGAAGACCUUGUACAUGAAGGCCUGGUCCAUAUGGAGAGGCUUGAUCUACUCAGGAAUGUCUGCCAAGAUGCAUCUCUGAAAAACCUCACCCAUACUACUGUUUCUAAGUUUGUUUUGGACCGAAUUUUUGUAUGUGACAAGCACAAGAUCCUCUUCUGUCAAACUCCAAAAGUUGGCAACACUCAGUGGAAGAAAGUCUUGAUUGUUUUAAAUGGAGCUUUUCCUUCCAUAGAGGAGAUCCCCGAAAACAUUGUGCAUGACCAUGAAAAGAAUGGCCUUCCACGCUUAUCUUCCUUCAGUGACUCUGAAAUUAAAAAAAGACUGAAACUGUACUUCAAGUUCUUUAUCGUAAGAGAUCCUUUUGAGAGGCUUAUUUCUGCAUUUAAGGAUAAAUUUGUCCACAAUCCUAGAUUUGAACCUUGGUAUAGACAUGAAAUUGCUCCUGGAAUUAUUCGAAAAUAUAGAAAGAAUCGCACUGAGACUAAAGGGCUGCAGUUUGAGGACUUUGUGCGCUACCUAGGUGAUCCAAAUCAUCGAUGGCUAGAUAUACAAUUCGGAGAUCACAUAAUUCAUUGGGUAACCUAUGUUGAACUAUGUGCCCCCUGUGAAAUAACAUAUAGUGUAAUUGGACAUCAUGAAACUUUGGAGGAGGAUGCACCAUACAUCUUGAAGGAAGCAGGAAUAGACCAUCUGGUAUCUUAUCCUACAAUUCCUCCAGGCAUAACAAUAUAUAACAAAACUAAAGUGGAACACUAUUUUUCAGGAGUAAGCAAGAGAGACAUAAAGCGCCUUUAUGCCCGCUUCGAAGGAGAUUUCAAUCUUUUUGGCUAUCAAGAACCAGAUUUUCUACUAAACUAGUAUCUAGAAAUUCUGGACAAAUGAAUCUAGCUGAUUAAAACUAUAAACAUAUACUAUGUAACUGAGGCUCAUAUUAUUGUACCUUUUCUAGAUUUUUCCAAUUGUUCCUUGUAUUUGUUGAAUAUUUGCAAUAGGAGCCACAAAGGACUGCCACUUAGUCAUUAAAAAAAAGUAUUACUACAUGACAUUACAAUAUAUUACAGGCAAAAAUUACUAAGAUAGUACAUGUCAGACAUUCCUCUUCCCAAUAGAGAAUGAAUUGACCAGUAAUCUGUAAAGAAACUUAUGAAUACAAAACAAAACAUUUAGAAAGGGUGGGAAAUAUUGCUUAAGUAAAUUGCCUAAGGGCAUGAUAUGAAACUUAUAAAUCUAUGGAGGCCAAAAAAAUUGGUAAGUAUUGUAUAAUUUAAGGGAAAGACUCCAGAUCCUACUGUGGAAUCAAUCUGAAAGUCUUUAUUCUUUUGCUAUAGUCUUGUGAUGGUUGCUUACUGCUGUUCAUUCAGAAGAUAACAGCUGUGUGAAUUUUAACUUAUAAACUCUGAGUUAUUAUGAGUUCAGAAAUCUUUUGCAAGAGAAGCUAUAGAUCCCAUUGAAGAAAUUUUAGAGAACACUAAAAAUGAUUCUUCAUUUGCUGAGUAACUUUAAAGAAAUACCAGUAUCGAUACAUAUGCAUAAGUCUAUGCAUUUUGCCAUGGUCUGCCCACCCCCACCCCCCAGUGGUGCUAUCAUAAAGCUAUGAAGAGUUGUCAUAAUAAAUGAGAUCAGUGUUCCAUUCAAACCUAGUAUCUUAUUCUUGGGAUUUUUAAAUUUUAGAAAUGCCCAUACAUACAACUGGGGCAGCAAGCCGCCAUAGAUAUGUUUAUUUCAUGUGUGUAUGUAAGUCAUUUUUUCAUCUCUCAAAUCUUUACCUUAUAAAACAGGUUACAAAAUUGAGAAGCAGGUGCCUAUUGAUAUAAACAUAAUGUGCCAUGUGGCAUUAUUUCAUCAUGAGCCAUAAUUCCAUCCUUAUGCCCAAUAAUUUAUAUGGCGUUUUCACAAUCGGCCAUUAGAUUUGGUAGAGUCCUAUUUCAAGUUCAGAAAAUUACAUUAUUGAUCCUUCCCCCCCAAAGAUUCCUCUCGAUUUUUUCAAAUGAGUUUGUCUUCAUACUUUCACAGCAGAACCUGCCAUAUAAAACCAUCAGUGAAUAAACAGCCAAUUGAAUCCAAAACAUUAAUGUGUGCGUACACAAUUAUCAAAAUGUUAAUAUAAAAUGUAAAUGCCCAGGACUGUAAUAGCAAAAUGUGUGUGUGUUGUUUCUGUUGGAUAAAGAAAACUUUAAGUUCACCAGCAAUAAAAUCUUCCAGUUGAUGCCUUUGUUCCCUUGGGUUUCAGGAGGAACAAACAGUUAAAUUUUAGUACAUCAAAAUGUAAAUUUGGGGUAACCCUUUACUUGCUGUAGGAAGGUCUUAAUGACUUGGCUAGAAUGGUUGAAAUGAAGAGAAAAUCUAUUAAACUGACUAGUAUAAUUCUCAAGGAGUUUUGUAUUUGUAAACUUGAAAAAAAAAAUCAGUGCCAAAACUGCUCCUUCCUGUGAAAUAACGACUAUAUUAGUAAGAGCUAAUCUCAGAAGAAUUCCUAAAGACUGAGCCAUUCUACACAAUAUAUAAACGGAGGUAGUGGAAUUCAAAAUGUAGGGCUACAGGCAAUGUUGGGUGAGCAGAGUUGGGCUUGUACAACAGCUUGGUCCAACAGCUUGGUCCUUUCUACUCCCCUGCAGGUAAAUAAGGUGUGCAGUAAACACUCUCCAAACUCUGCACAGCAGAUUUGGUGAGGUGGAUACCUGGGGCUGUAGAAGGACAUAUAAGUUUCCUGUAGACAGUAUUGUUAUAUUAAACUGUAACAAAUUGUUCUGUUUUAUAAUCUUCCCAUCUCUCUUUGACUGUAGCACAUCAGGAUAAAGCUUUAAUCUUUUUGUGUCUUUUUUUUUUUUUUUUGGGUGCCUUCGAGUCUGUCUGGACUCCUGGUGACUAGAAGUCGUAGCAGGUUUCUUGGCAACAUUUUUCAGAAGUGAUUUGCCCUUGCCUUCUUCUAGGGCCGAGAGCUGGCUUCAUGCCCGAGGCAGAACUAGAACUCAGUCUCCUGGUUUCUAGCCUGGUGCCUUUAAUCACCACAAUAAACUGGCUCUUCUUUUGUGAUUAGAGGGAUCGUUUAAAAUAACCCCUGCAUAGAUUACUACCAUUUUUAUUUUGUAAUGUGUAGGAUGGCUUACAUUUAUGUAUCGUGAAUUAUGGGGUAUUUUUCAUGUGGACCUUUUCCUGACAGAUACCUGUUCUGUGUAGGAAAAUUACAUAUUAAAUUGUGUGCAUGAGUGGAAAGCACAUUGCCACAUGCAUAUGUGCUUAUAGCUUUCCUUUACAAAAGUAGUAUCUCUAUAAAAAUUAUUCUAUAUGAAGCUGUCCUUACUAUUAUUAGCAAGAAAAAAUGUGACAAAACUUAAAAUCCUCUUGUCCGUCUUGUUGAGAAAGAAAGAAUAUUUGUAAGAACAUUGACAUGGUAAGAUUAAAGUUAUUUUUAUAUGAAGUGGUAGGAGAAAAUGUGUUUAUUUCAGGACUAAUGAGCUGAUCCAAGUUACUUCUCUGCUGAAUUAAAAUGUAACAAUGUGAGAAACGUGUAGUAAAUUAAGGCCUUAAAAACGUUCUAAUAAAAAAGUGAAUUUUCCCUUCCUUUUCUCUAAUUACCCAGAAUAUAUUGAGCUGUGUCUCUCUGUUCUCAAAAUAAAUAUGAAAUAAAAUCCAGGUGAUCGUAUUUAUGCUGCAAAUAAUCUAUAUUUUGUGGUUCCUGUUCAACAAUUUCUUCGCCUCAUAAAAGAUGCGGGGAGCAACUUUCAAAUAGUGUAUUUUUCUGUCUCUCAAGGAUGGGAGAGAAGCAAAUGUCGGUGUAUGGAUGAACUUGGUGACAUUACUUCACACUAGGUAAAUGAAACCAAUUAAUCUGAGCUUUGCUUUCCCCACUUUGUCCUAAAAAUCAGUAUAAGUCUCUUAAAUAUAUAAAUAGAUAAUGUACAUGAAGCACGGCCCUUACUCAGUGACACCUAACUAAUUUUAUAUAUUCCUAAAUGUUCAUGGACUUGUGACCCAGAAGUCAAAUUCUGAUAGCCUUAACCACUUGACCAGUUUAAGAUUUAUGUUGCAUUUCUUUAUGAUUGUUUAUUACAUUUGUACCCUGCUGCAAUGAAUUCACCUCUCGAUGGCUUAAACAUAAACUGAAUUUAAAACAUCCAUGGUAAGCUUAAAAACAAAACAAACUU